AUGGCGAGUAUCGAUCGCUACAGGCCGCCCAGGGAAGGGUAUCAACCCCCGACCCUACCUGCAAACCCUCGACCUGAGCGCGAUUCGAGAUCACGAUCUCCCCGGCGUCGCGAUACCGUUCCUCCAGCAGUUCCAACUCCUCCGCAGCACUCGACACGAACAUCUCCCCCCCGACUACAAGCCCGACAAACCCAAGAAUCACCAGCCCGAUCCGGUGCGCAAACUCCAGUAGCUGUUCUUAACCAAUGGAACUUUUCGUCGGACGAAGUGCGAAGUACACCUAGCAUAGUCGAGGGUCUUUCGCCGGCGGAAGAGAGGAUGCGCAGGGCCAAGGGCGUCAACUUCAUCUACCAGGCGGGCGUCAUGUUGGAUCUCCCUCAGAUUACGCUAUGGGUAGCUGGAGUAUUCUUUCAUCGGUUCUUCAUGCGCUGCCACAUGGUCCAAGAUAAGGGUGGAAUUCAUCAUUACAACAUCGCAGCAACGGCCCUCUUUCUAGCCAACAAGACCGAAGAGAACUGCCGCAAGACAAAGGACAUCAUUAUCGCCGUAGCCAAAGUUGCACAAAAGAACGCCAAGCUCGUUAUUGAUGAGCAGAGCAAAGAGUACUGGCGAUGGCGAGACAGUAUUCUCACAUACGAAGAGGUCAUGCUAGAGCAACUCACUUUCGAUCUGAUGGUGGACAACCCCUAUCACCACUUAUUUAAGUUGCUCGAUCAGCUUGGAAUUGUGCAUAACAAGAAUCUGCGGCAAGCGGCCUGGGCUUUCUGCAAUGAUGCUUGCCUUACAUCGAUCCCUCUGUUGAUAGGACCUCGAGAUGUUGCCAUCAGCGCCAUCUUCUUCGCGAGCAUAUAUGCGAACCAACAAAUUGAAGACAUCAAUGGCGAGCCCUGGUGGAAGCUCCUCAAGGGUGACGAGGUCCUUUGUUCUCAUGCUAUCGAGGUGAUGCGCCAGUUUUACACGGAGAAUCCGCUUAGAAAGCAGAACCCGUCGCUGCCAUCACCAGCAUUCCAUCUCCAGAACACCAGAAAACGCGGUGAUACUCUGUUGAGCCAACCAGACACGUUGUCGUCAACGACCGGUACCCCCUUGGAAGUUGACCGGGCGAGUCGCAGCCCUGGUGCAAACUCUAGAGUCAACGGCGCGGCUCAGGAUGGUGAAGGACGAUACCCAGAGAGAGAUGAGGGUUCUCCGUCUCGGCAUGACGAGAACGGAAGACCUCCGAGGUCACCACUCAAGCGGAGAGAGCCUGACGAUGGCGAGGAACAGAGCGACAGAGCGGAGAAACGAGCUAAACUCUCGGAAGAUGAGGAGGGAGAACUAGUUGAAGAUUGA